AUGACCACGAUAUUACAGCAGAGUAAGCCCUCUGUGCAGAAAACCUCGUCUGCUCUUCUGAUUGGCUCGCAGACGGCGAAGACCAGGGCCCUCCCCUCUGGAAGGGAGCUCCGCUUCUCACGCAACCUGUGGAGCAGCGCGCGGAACAACCCCAGGGAGCGCACCAAAGCGCGGUGGCAUGAGGCGCAGAUCCCCAUGGCUGCAUUCAACAGGGCCAACACACGAGCUGAUCCGCUUUGGCUUUCUGGGGCAGCCCCCUCCUCUCCUCCCCAGCAUCCUCUUCAAAGGGAGGAGAAGCGCACAACUUUCUUCAAGGUUGAAGAGUAG